AUAUAUCAAUCGGAUUACUACAGUAACCUAACCCCUUCUUCAAAUCACGAAUCCGAACAACAUACAGUACACAUGGAAGUCGCAAAACAUACCCUCGCACUCCUCCUCGCCUUCCUCGCCGCAGUUGAUGCUCACCCAGCGCCGAAAGAUGCAACCCCAUCCUCCGACCCCGUCUCACGGGCCACCGCCACUGCCACCCCUUCGAAACGAAAAUCCCAAGGCGGUGGUGGCGGCCUCUUCCAAACCGGCAGGAUCGUCCUCGGCGUGGUUCUUGCGGUGGUCUUGAGCCUGGCUAUGGUGGGAUUGUGCUUGCCGCGCGGACACUUGAGAAGAUGGAUGCGCAGGGAGAAGAAGAAGAAGGCUUCUGUGGGGGCGAGGGCGGUGGAGGGAAGGGCGGAGGGGGACGGGAAAGAGCUGGAGGAUGCAGAGGCGGUGCCGCCGAGUUAUCCUGAGGCUGUUAAAGCGAAGGUGGCUGGUCAUUAG